ACAUGCAGGCGAGGUGAGAGCGGUGCGCACAGCGCCAGACGGACCAGAGCGGGUGAUAGUGUGGAUACGCAGCAGAGCGCACGGCUGAGGACUCUGUACAGCGCAACUCCAACACAAAUGGAUAUUUACGUGGCUUUGUUAUACCUCUUCUUUUUUACAAAACCAGCUCUGGCUUUCGGAUCCGAUCCAGACUACCAGAUUGAUAUCAUCAAUGAACUUGACCUGGCAAAUGCCACCUAUGGAAUUACCCAAGUGGCGGGGCUCCACAACAGCACCAAAGCCUUCCUGUUUCGAGAUGUUGGGAGAGCAGUUCACGCCCCGGCACACAUCACAGAGAAAGUGGUGCAGCUGUUCAGGAGGAAAAGUGAGUUUACUUUCUUGGCCUCCAUCCAGCAGAAGUCCUCCACGUCAGGAGUCAUAUUCUCCAUCCACGAGUCAGAACACAGUUACUUUGAGCUGGAGAGCAGCGGGGUGAGAGAGGAGAUCCGCUACCACUACCGCUUCAAAGGCAAACCGCGCUCCGAGUCCUUCCCCUACCGCCUCGCUGACGGUCAGUGGCACAAGAUUGCCCUCACCAUCAGCGCCACCCACCUACUGCUGCACGUCGACUGUAACAGGAUUUAUGAGCGGGUUAUAGACCCUCCUCAGAUGGAGCUCACCCCGGGCAGCGGAGUGUGGCUCGGCCAGCACAGCCACAAGCACGGCCUGUUCAAGGGCGUCAUCCAGGAUGUGAAGCUGAUUUUCGCUCCCAACGGCUACAUUACACAGUGUCCUAACCUUAACCGCACCUGUCCGACCUGCAGCGAUUUCCUGAGCCUGGUGCAAGGCAUCAUGGACCUUCAGGAGCUGCUGGCCAAGAUGACCCUGAAGUUGAACUACGCGGAGUCUCGGCUGACCCAGUUGGAGGGCUGUCACUGCGAGAGGACCUGCAGCACCAACAGCGCGGUCUACCGGGAUAAGGAGCUGUGGGUGGAGCCAGAGAACUGCAGGAACUGUGCAUGUAAGAAUGGUGUGGUGGAGUGUCGCAGGAUAUUCUGUCCUCCAGCAAACUGCUCAGAGGACUCGCUGCCUGUACACGUUGAUGGGACUUGCUGCAAGAAAUGCCGACCGAAAUGCACCUACAGGGGCCAGACCUUUUCUGAAGGCCAGCGCUUUUUAUCCAGGAGCUGCAGGGAAUGCAAGAAUGGCCUGAUGGUGAAAGUCACAGAAACUUGUCCAGAGCUCAACUGCACCAUCGCUGAACAGAUCCUACCAGAUGGCAGGUGCUGCAACGUUUGCAGAGGUUAUGACUUCUGCGCAGAGGGACUCAUUUGUGGCGAAAACUCUGAGUGUAAAAACCGGAAUACUAAAGCGGAGUGUGAAUGCAAGGGCGGCUAUGCCUCCAUCCAUGGGGACUCUACUUACUGUGAAGAUAUUGAUGAGUGUGCGACCCAGAUGCAUUACUGCCAGUCCAACACGGUGUGUGUCAACCUGCCCGGCAGCCAUCGCUGUGACUGUCUGCCUGGCUUCAUCAGAGUGGAUGAAUACUCCUGCACCGAGCAUGACGAGUGCGCCACCGGCCAAAAUUUGUGUGAUGAGAACGCCAUCUGCACCAACACCAUCAGAGGACACCUGUGUACCUGCAAGCCGGGCUACGUGGGCAACGGCACCAUCUGCAGGGCUUUCUGUGAGGAGGGAUGCCGGAGCGGCGGGACCUGUGUGUCUCCCAACACAUGUGUCUGUCCCUCAGGAUUUACAGGACGCCGCUGUGAGACAGAUAUUGACGAGUGUGCAGAGGGCCUGAUUGAGUGCCACAACCACUCCCGCUGUGUCAACCUGCCCGGCUGGUACCACUGUGAAUGCAGGAGUGGUUUCCAUGACAAUGGCUCCUACGUGCUCGAUGGCAGCUCCUGCAUCGACAUUGAUGAGUGCGGUUUGCAGACACACACCUGCUGGAAUGACAGCGUGUGUGUGAACCUACCGGGGGGCUACGACUGUGUGUGCACAUCUGGUCCGGGCUGCAGCGGCGACUGCCCACAGGAAGAGCAAAUCAGACGCAACGGAGAGGACUGGAAACCCGGCUUUGACCGCUGUGCUCUAUGCUCCUGCAAGGACGGGCAGACGUACUGCAGGAGGAGACCCUGUGACUGCGGAGACCCGGACGAGGAUCUGUUUUGCUGUCCCGGCUGUGACAACAGGCCCAGCAGCCAGUGUCUGGACCAGAGCGGACGCACACUCUACCGCAGCGGGGCAUCCUGGCUGUACGGCUGCCAGCAGUGCCGCUGCAUGGAGGGGGAGGUGGACUGCUGGCCUCUGGUUUGCCCCGCGUUGAUGUGCGAGUACACGACGGUGGCGGAGGCCGAGUGUUGCCCGCGCUGCGUCACAGACCCCUGCCUGGCCGACAAUCUGUUGUAUGACAUACGGCAGACGUGCCAGGACCCCGCGGGCGCCGUCCGCCUCAGCGGAGACACGUGGCAUAUGCUCAACUCACCCUGUACCACCUGCAAGUGUAAGAACGGGAAUAUUUGCUGCUCGGUGGAUCUCGACUGCCUUCAGAACAACUAAAAACAACUCCCCUCCUCUCACUGCGGGACUGCCACGCCCCCUCCUCCCUCUGACGACUCUCCCCCGGAUUCAUAAAACAGACUCACGCACACACAUGUGCAUGCCAGUGUGUGCACAGAAAAUACGAACAUGCACUGGACGGACUGGGGUGUUGAGGCUGUGCUUUCAUGCCGUAACUCGACAAACCGUUAGAGCGUGAGCGAGUGUAUGUGUGUGUGGCUCAGGCGGAGACUGAGGCCGUAGUCGCUCUAUCCACAGUCACUUAGUUGUGUUUGUGUCUUUGUGUUGUUCCCAUUUCACUAACUGUCUUGAGGAAAACUGUUUAACAUUACGUCCCGAGCCCAAAAACAGAGACACGCAGCUGAAUUACUAGCUGGACAGAUGUUGAGGUGCUCCAGCUGUUUAUGUUGCAACAUGUCACUAUUGCUUGGUCACCUAGCAAAUCAUCAUCUAAACAUUCAAUAUUGUGGUAACCAAAAGUACUGCACCCUCAUUUUAUAUGAUGUCCUGUUAAGCAGGAGAUAGUUUGAUGUAGAAAUAACAACUUUGAAAAGUAAAAAAAAUGCUGUUAAGUCUAAUAGUGUAGGUCAGUUUCCAACUCAACACAACUUCUCUCAUGGGAGCAUAGACUGUAUAUAAUGUCCAUGUAUCUAGAUACGUCCGAUAUGUCAUAAACCCUGUUCAAUCUUAAAUUUAAUCUUAAAAAUGUCAUUGCAGCCCUCAGUAUCUAUAGCAAUUAGUACUACAGUGAUAUAGCAAUUAUAGACUUGAAAAAGUACAGGUUCUGAUGAUGCGUUUCGGCCUGUGGCUUUUACCAGCGUCAGGGCCACAUUCUGAAAUGAGUUGCUCUCAUAAUUAAGUUUUUCUCAAUUCUACAAGUGUUACUGGAGCUUAGCUUUUUGACAAGCAGCGCCUGAACGCACCAUAAGUUUUGAUCUCGGUGAGGCUAGACCUUGCCAUUUGAAAAAAUGGCAUGGUGUAACUUUCUGAAGAGUAACUUUCUGAAGGAGACAAUCCGACAAAAACACCCACGUCAGGCAGUGAUUGAACAGGAUGGGCAAAAGAGAAAGCAUGCAGGGUUUCUUAGUCUUUUAAGAAACCCUUUUCUGAGGAUUCUUAGGGUUUGGUAGUCUGAAAGUGCGCGCUGUCAUCCCCAUUGUGGUCCGCCCAUCUCUCUGAUGCCUGUUGCGCGCGUAGACUGGCCGUGCAAUGCUCCAGUCUUCAGUUCUUUUAAAAUGACCUGCCUACGAUGAGUCACAUCCCUCAAGAGGAUCCAGGCUCUGAAUUCGGACAUAGCUGUAGUCUGUCGGUGCUGAGCCAUUAACCAACACUUCCCCCUCAGUCUCAAUGUCUCCUGUUUGAUGCGGUUGACUGCCAGAUAGCUAGUUAUAGCAAGACAUGAUAUCAAAAAGCAUGAUAAAGCAGUUUGAUGGUGCACAACAGAUUCCUGCAGGCCGGAACAAGCUGGCAGAGCUCGAGGUGGGUCCGACUUCUCUUUGCUGUCUCCCGGGGCUCCUCAGCUCUGAACCAUGUUGCGCACACAGAGAGUGGCACAGAGGCACAUAAAAUGAAGAGCGAGUGGGGGGGGGGGGGGCCUAAUUAAAGCCAUGUCACGAAGGCCUGGAUGUGAGUAUGCCAGGGGGUCACCAGGAGUCGAAUGUGUUUACAGACAGCCAGUCUUAAUAGGGCGGCAGAGUCUGGUGUUUCUCCUGCUGCAGGUCACACAUUCACAGCUCUGACACCACUGUGGUCCCUGUCCCUGUCCUCUCCUCCACACCGCUCUUCAUUAUCCUCAAGCUUGUCUCGAGAGCGCCAACGUUUCCCUCAAGUGUCGUUGUUAUCACCCUCACUGUCUGUUUUUAUUCCCACAGAAAACUUGGGGACACUGUCUCAAAAUGUUGUGAAAUGAGCACAGACUUUGAAAGGUGAACUGCGUGUUGUGCCAAUCUGACAUGCCAGGGGAAGCCUUUUGUCGGGUGAAAUAGUAUUUAGUCAACUUUUGUUAUACAGUUCUUUGUGAAAGCACUUAACAGUUUUUUUAGGCAAGUCAAAUCAUUUCAGAAGGAUAACUCGUUUCAAAGCUGGAACCAACGCUCAAGGUCUUCUCUACACCUACUUCCCUGGUUUCUCUGCACGCCGUCAGCAUAUUGCAGAUAUCACGACUCAAUUUCCCUUUUCAGAGAAAAACUGUUCCCACAGAUGAAGAUAAUCCUUCAGAGUGAAAAUGAAACAUUCAUUUGGUUUCAUCAAAGCUCCUUUUUUUUUAUGUGAAGUAAGUCAGCUGCUGGAGCUCUAAAAGACACUGGUAUCUCCCGUCAAAUAUUGGGAUGAUACCGGAAAGCCUAAUGCAGACUACACAACUUUGACUGGGAUUUUCCCAUUCCAAACAAAUAUUUAGGAUCUGAGACAAAAGCACCCUCAAGUGGCAAUGGAAUCCACGCCUAACUAACUGAUGAACAGAGAGAUAGUCCACAUAUAGCAGGCAGGAAGGGAGGUGGACAGGUUAAACAAACACAGGACUUUCACCCAGGAAAGUGCUGUUCAUGUCCCUGUGUGAAACUAAAAGUCAUCGUUGACAUUCUAUCACGUCAAUCACUAGUCAGUCAAGUUAACGUAAACGGCACUCUUUUCCUAAACCUAACUAAAUGUUUGUUUUGAAAAGACACUAUGCAUGUAAUGGGUUUAUAUCGUCACGCCAUCUCUGCCAUGUUCAAAACUGACGCUAGAGGGGUACGUAGUGAGUCAUAGCUGGAAUAUUACGAUCAUUCCUUCAAUCAUCCAAAUGGCGUAAUCUCAUUACUACACCUUAUCUGACACCAGCUGUGUCUUUGUUGUCUGAGGUAACCUUGAUCUCUGGAGUUAACAGUAAAUGUCUCCUCCAUCUCUCCCUCCCUCCCUGCUGACCUUCCACUAUUUAAUGUCAGACUAGUUUUGAGGAUAUUUUUUUAUACUUUGGCUCUCAAACACGGUGCUCAUUUCACAAACCUUUUUGGGAAAGGCGAUUCUGGUUGUUUAACCCCCCGGGGGUCGACGGUGGCGUGCAGCGAG